AAACAUUUACACAGACCACAAACUUUUGAACGGUAGUGUACUGUAUAUGAGUGUAUGUUAAUGCUGCUAAGUCUUUCACAUCUGUUGAAAAGAUGAUUAUCAACUCUGAGUCAUGUUUCAGGUUUUUGCUAUAGAGCACAUUUCCUCUUCCUGUCCAUACGAUGAAAAUAGCCCAUUAUUUCAGUUUUCCUCUUUAGUUGUGGAAGAGUUUUGGAUACAUUGUCUUGAAUGUGUUUUCCGAUACUCAUGGAAAGUCCGAUGCAUUCAUAAAAAUAAUAAGGUUAGACACAUUUCACCCUCUGAAACUCCUAAUCUCUCGCCUCUGUUUGGACUAUUAUACCAGACGGCCUGGGACAAAUUGAUCCUCCCUGACUAGUUAACCUUAUUUUCCUCACUGCCAAAUUAAAUUAUCCAGAGUGGCUCUACAGGAUUUUAUCUUGCUUUUUUAGCUAUGCUGACCUCCUUUACACAAAGACACUAAUAAAAUGUGUGCAUGAACUAUAAUUCAUCUAUGAAUUGUCAUAAUGUGCACAUGGGAUUUGGUUUAAUCAAUGGAUAAUCAAUAAAAUCAAAAUGAUCUUGGCCAAAAAAAUAAAAAUAAAAUAAAAUCAGAAUUAUCUCAACAUUUGUUUUGUGAUACAUUAAUAUGCUAGGUUGUCUUUCAUCAGUCUGUUUGGUAGCAACUACUCUCCCUCUCCACAAGGAUCUUAUUAUGAAACAUUAUGGUAAGAGAACCAUUGCCAUGAUGCUUAACAACCAUGCAUUGUCCUGCUAUUUAAACAAUCCUGGUGCCUUUGAGUGAUCAGUGGAAGGAAUGCCAAUGCUGAUUCUAAUACCAACCAAAGCAGCCUUCCAUGACUAAUCUCUCACUCUCUCAGUUUCUCUCUUCCGCUCUCAUUUUACUAGUUUUUGUUCUUCGGUGCUUUCAUGGUCACACAGCACUUUUUUACCAAGGGUAUGUAUAAAUACAGUCUGGAACACGUCAUGUGUUGGUGCCAUGCUUUAGCAUCAGGGACAAGAAGUCUUGGUUGCUGUAGUAACUCAUUCACUUCUAUUGGGGAAAAUAAAGAGAAAUAUCCUAUAGAUUUGGAUAUUUUUCUGAAAGCAAAUAAUCCAAAAGCAAGUAAGUUAUGUAUUUUGCUUUGUAUAAAGUUAUUCUGCUGACAUUAGAUAUGUUCAGAUGUUCAGAUGUCAAGAAAAAAAGCUUGAUUUAUUGGAAAUUUCUUGUUGUUUUUCCCUUUUGAAAUUUAUGGGCAACUAUUUGGGCAACUGCUAAUUUGUUUGAGGCCUUUUUGUCAACUAUUUAAAUGUCAGACUGGGUGUUACCAAUAUGUGUCUAGUUUCACCCAAAGGCUAGAAGGCAAUGUAUAAACUUACUGUUGUUUGGGGACAUGUUUAAACAGGUUUUGAGUUUUACUGGUGUCUUUUUCCAUGUCUGGGUGAACUAAGUGUCACUGAUGUACUGUAUAAUUAUUGACAAAUUAUUGUAUGUUGUUCAUUCAGACCAUGUUCUCAGGUUCAAAUUAUUUAUUUAUUAUGUUUUUAAGAGGGAAAAUUGUGACACAUGUGUCAGUUAUAUAUUAUAUUUCAAUAAAAAAAUAUUUUCAUUCUAAUAAUAAUUCACAAUAUUACAGUUUUUAUUGUAUUUUUGAUCAAAUUAAUGCAGCCUUGGUGAGCAUAAGAUACUUUUCAGAAACAUAAAAAAAAUCUUACAGACUCAAAACUUUUGAACGGUAGUGCACGUUACUGUUUGUAUUUCUGAGGAAUGUUUCACAAGUCCAGUGGUAAAGCUGGCUCUAAAUUUAUAUCUGCAUUAGUAUUUCCUCUUUGUACUGUGUAGUCUGUCCUUUGAACUCUUUACCAGUCAUUCCAUGUGACAGGAAAUUGAGCUGCCUGUAUGCUCACAUCGGCAGAACUCAUAAAACAACAGUACGUUUAAUCUGUGGGCCUUACAUAAACAUCUCUCCUGGAUGUUCAUUGUCACAUUGGAGACCCAAAUCUACAUUACAGAUCAUUUCUGGUGUUGCGUUCCCAACAUUUAAGCAUAUUCUUUGAGGAUGUUAUGUCAUUGGGUCAUGCCAGACACAGAAGGCUGAAUUUCACAGGAAAGAGCAGCUACUUGUUUACAGUCUUCUCUUUGGUGGUGGGUAACACUCAUUCAGCAACGCCCCCUCCGUCACCACCUUGAGAAAACCAACACCAUCUAAACAUUCACACUCUGUGUGAUUCAAGUGUCAAGUCCUCUCUAUCAGUGUGACAGACUUUGAACAUUGUUGAUUGUUGUGUUGUCACGCCUGACAGUCUUUACAAUGGCCUUGGAGCUCUGCCAGAUGGCUGACUUCCAGUCUUCCUAGAUGCUGUACCUGUCUGGCAUUUCAAAUGGCCGUUUAUCUUCAAAUAUGUGAGAAAUGGUUUGAGAAGAAAAAGGAACAAUUCUAAUGAGAGAAAAUGCCUCAGCGUAUAGAAGAGAAGGGAAGUGUUUUCCUCACUGCAAUGUUCCUGUGUUGUUUCAAAAUAAGUGUUUACCUACAAUCUGAAAUUACUCUUAUCUUUACCAUUUUUUUUUUUUUAGUUUGACAAGGUAGAUCUGUUUUGUUUGAUUAUGAAAUGUAGAGGUGAAAGAGGAAGUAGGACCAGAUGAGAGCUUAAUUUGAGAAGUGACUCAUUAAAAAUCCCCAGAGGAGGUCACCUGAGCAGUUUUUAUCAGAGGAUUUCUUGGGGAUUUUUUAUCGUGGUAUCCAGUUGUAUACUGUACAUAAAAGCUCUGCGAAAGCAUAUCACUUGUAGAUUUCUUUCAGUACAGGACAGACUUUCAUCUCCUCACACAAUAACGGCAAGAGCAAAGAGACACAUCUCAGAGGUGGCAGCCCUCACCUGGAUCCAAAGCUGCCAUGUUGGUAAAGGUCAGCAGCAUUGGCAGAAGCCAGACAAGAGGAACCAGUGGAGCUGCUUCACUUCAUCUCCCACAGAGCAAAGCCAGUGACCAUAAUGCCUGCACACUCAAUCCUGGCAGCAUCAAAUCUGUUUCAGGCUACAUGCUGUCCCCGCAGGCUUACAAAACCACACCAGGAGGAAAAAUAGCAGCGGACUCAAGGCAGGCCCACCACUUGAGGAAGGCGAGUAAUGGCAGCUUCUGCCUUGUGACCUCUGGGGACUCUACAACGUCUCUACGACCACAGUCCAACUCACCAAGGCCAGUAUCUCCUCAAUAUGGAGCAACUGCACGUCUCUAUGACGAUCCAUCAUCCGAUUGCCCAAUUUACGACGAGCCUCCAGUAGAUAUGGAGGUUGAAGGUGCUCACCUACACAAUGGCCCAUCCAGACACAAUCACAGCCUCCAGAAGAUGAAACUCCUCCAGCACCCGGGUCAGUCUCACACCGGAUCGAGACACAAGAGAAACCCUUCAGACUAUAGUCCAGCAGGCUUGGAGUGUAUCAAGCACAUGGUGAAUGUUGAUCCCAAACAAGGACUCCUUUCCACCUCACCGGUCCCGUCUCCCAGCCCUUCUCCGACCUCAGCAUCCGAGUCUCUGCUUCUCCCGACAAGGGGACUUCAGAAGGAACCCGCCAGCCUGGAGAAGAAGCAGUCACUGAGGAUCCUAGAAGCGAGUGUGCUCAGAGCUAUGGAAGUGCACCACAGCCGGCAGGGCAGUCAAGGAUCUCAGGACUAUUCCACACCACCACCUCCCGCCGUUAGCUACCAGGACUCAGGUUACUCAACCGGCCCGUCACCUAGCCUUCGGAGAAAAAGCAGGAGGAGGAUAGGUGCUGGAGCCCAGGGCCGACCCGGUUCAGUGGGCAGCACCGGGGAACUUACAGCCCUGAACGAGCGCUUGAUGGAAGAGAUGAGGGAGGUGGUCAGUCGCUCAAACACCAUGCGGGAGACCAAAGUCAGUUUGGAUUCUGAGAUGUCUGAGAGCUCUUCCUCGCAGCGCACACACAGCGUGGGACGGUGUUCCUCUAGGGAGGAUGUUGCAUCUUGCAGCAGGUCAAUAAGCAGGACAAGUAACCAUCCCAGUAUGGCCUUCACACCUCUGGAGAUUCCAGGACGGCAGAAGCGGACUUAUGAAAAGGUGGACACGCUAGAGAAGAGUGUGACUUUGUCCUCACCAGAGACUGCUGGACCCCCCUCACAGGCAGGAACUCUGGAGCCAAAGGUUCAGUUGGACAGCCGAAAGAAAGGUAUGGUAGAAGGCCGAACGGGCUCACUCGGUCCUCAUCGCCACGUAGCCAGCGAUACCAAUUUGCAGGGAGGUGAUGGUGGGGCUUACCAGCUAUCCUAUGCCACCCUCCGUCAGCCACCACCCCCAGAUGCCAACAUGGCCGACUGGGCUAGCAAGCACCUGAACAUGCACACCCAGGGCCUGUUCCGCCGUCGAGUCUCCAUCGCCAACAUGCUGUCCUGGAACCGCGGCUCCAUCAAGAAACCCAUGCUGAUGACCAAUGACCGCACUGUGCGCAAAGAAGCCUGUGAGAUGUUUAAGCUUGUCCAGGCAUACAUGGGAGACCGACCUUCACGGCUGGACCGGCGACAUGCGGCUCUUCUCAUUGUCACUAAGUGCUGGGGCAUGCAGGGACUGAGGGAUGAGCUCUAUGUCCAGCUCGUGAGGCAGACCACAGGCAACACCAGUCCACGCAGUCUGGCAGCAGGCUGGGAGCUUAUGGCUGUGUGCCUUGCCUUCUUCGCUCCUUCACCCAAGUUCUGCUGCUACCUGGAGGGCUACAUUCAGAGGCACAUGGAGCCAACCAAUGACAAAAAAAUAACCCAGUACAUACUGGACCAGCAGGAUAUUAAGAAGAAGAACUCAAAGUCAAGGAAGAAGAGAAAACAGAGCUCAGAGGAGGAAGCAGAAGCGCUCCCCAUCAGCACAUAUGCCAAGUACUGCUACCGGAAGCUCCAGAAAGUGGCGGUCACUGGAGGGAAAAAGGGUCUUCGUAAGCCAAGCUUGGAGGAGGUGGACCACAGUCGACGUGCCAUCAUGACCCCCUCACUAUUCGGCAGCUCUCUAGAGGAAGUGAUGGAGCGGCAGAGUGAACUCUUUCCAGACAGGAAGUUGCCAUGGGUGCAAGUGCAGCUGUCGCAGUAUGUGCUGGCUCUGGGUGGAGCUCAGACUGAGGGGAUAUUCAGGGUCCCUGGUGACAUUGAUGAAGUUAAUGCACUGAAGCUACAGGUGGACCAGUGGAGGAUCCCUGAAAACUUAUCAGACCCUAAUGUUCCUGCCUCUCUGAUGAAGCUCUGGUACCGUGAGCUGGAAGAGCCUCUCAUCCCUAUGAGUUUCUACAAGCAGUGUGUCAGUAACUAUGAUGAUCCUGUGGCAGCCAUCAGUGUGGUGCAGUUGCUGCCUGAGCUCAACCGACUGGUGCUAUGCUACUUCAUCCACUUCCUACAGGUUUUUGCUCAGCCUGCGAAUGUUGCAGUCACUAAAAUGGACGUGAACAACCUUGCUAUGGUAAUGGCUCCUAAUUGCCUUCGGUGCCAAUCGGACGACCCCCGUGUCAUAUUCGAGAACACCCGCAAGGAGAUGUCUUUCUUGCGAAUGCUCAUUGUACAUCUGGACACAAGCUUCAUAGAGGGCAUUGUUUAAAGUUCUCGUUUUGUCUCAUUGGCAGUAUAUGAAUCAGUGAUACACAACCAUCCUUCUCACAAAUAUGACAUUGUGGACAAAAACUGAGCAAAAUCUAAGAGAAAAGUACACUUUUAAGGAUGAUUGUUUGUGAAAAAUUUGUUUUUAUUUUGACCGUAAAACUCUCAACAACAUCACUGUUACUUUCCUUAAUUAGGUGUGUUCUGCCCACCUCAGUGAUAUAAAGACUGGUAAAGUUGAAAGUCAUUGAUGGCAGAAAUUUCAUGCCUUCAUCCAAGUUCUUUGCAUGUUCAAGAAAUGCAUGAAAAAAUGCAAAUCUUCAAAUGCGAUGAUUAUGAACUAUUAGUGGUUUACAUAUGUUAAUGUGCGUUGCAAGGGUCAAAGUUAAAAGUAACUUGCAUGGAUGCAUUGGUUUGUGAGCACUCACUCGCUGUCUGCUUGUUUUGUAUAGUAAGUCAUGGUGACCGGCUGUAAGAAAGCAGUUUAUUUAGUUUGUUCUCUGACAGUAUAUUUGUGUAUUUGUGGAUUUCAAAGAAAAGGUCAUCUGUAUGAACAUUGUAUUUGUUCUUAGUUUGAUCUAAAAGUAACUAAAGAAAAAAGAAAAAUAGGUUUGUUAGAUCGAGUGUGACUUUUUCAUACUCUAUCCAAUAAUAUACAGUAUUUUAAGAUGUGAAAGUUUUCUAUUUUAUUUUAUGAUUUUUUUUAAACUGUUACUCCCUGAUGAUCAGGAAUAUAAUUUAUGUGGAAUUGUCCUGAAAAAUGAAAUGUCAUGAAAUGGUACAUUUUCAGCUCCCAUUGGAAGUCCACAGCAUCAUACAUAACCAUUUGAAAAUACUACUUCUGAGAAAGUUUGUAAAUGAAUUAAAUAUAUUAAGUGAUAAUGAAAAAAUAUGCCAUUGUAUGAUGCCUGUGAAAUAGCCUUUGAAGAAUUAAAAUGUAAAAUCUUGGAAAAGAGUAGAUAAAAUCCAUGGCUUAUUUAAAAAGACACAGGUACCCUUUGUGUAUUCAUGUUCUUUGUGAGUCUUUGUAUGUAAAUAAAGCUUGUAAAUAGUGCUGCUUAUUUUACUGACGUUACUUAUAAAUGGAACUGAGUGGUGUGAGUUGUUGGAAAAUAGAAAAUCUAAACACUUUUGUAUUUAGUAUUCUGUGCUAUAGACUGUAUGAUCAAAAUAUUCUAUACAACUUUUGGAUUGUGUGUGUAUUUUGUGUGAAAUGGAUGUUGAGGAAUAAGUAUAAUAAAGUUUCACAAAGA